GCGGCUCCCGGGGAGACCCCCCGCGCCGGGCGGGCCCGGGCGGCGGCCAUGCCAGUGCGUGCGGCCGGUGCUGAGUCAGGAAGAGGCAUCCCCAAAUCCCGGUCCGAGACCAUGGAGGAGCUGGAACACACCUGCCCACAGCCGCGCCUGACUCUGACGGCACCUGCUCCAUUCGCUGAUGAAACAAGCUGUCAGUGCCAAGCACCCCACGAGAAGCUGACCAUUGCACAGGCGCGCCGGGGAACACCAGUUGACAGACCUGUUAGGGUGUAUGCAGAUGGAAUAUUUGACCUCUUCCACGCUGGCCAUGCUAGAGCUCUUAUGCAAGCCAAAACUCUAUUCCCAAAUAGCUACUUAUUAGUAGGAGUUUGCAGUGAUGAUUUAACUCAUAAAUUCAAAGGCUUCACUGUGAUGAAUGAAACGGAGCGAUACGAAGCCCUCAGACACUGUCGUUACGUGGAUGAGGUCAUCAGAGAUGCACCCUGGACACUGACACCUGAGUUCCUUGAAAAACAUAAGAUUGACUUCGUAGCACACGAUGACAUCCCCUACUCUUCCGCUGGAUCGGAUGACGUAUACAAACACAUCAAAGAGGCAGGAAUGUUUGUACCUACGCAGAGAACCGAAGGCAUCUCCACGUCGGACAUCAUCACGCGCAUCGUGCGCGACUACGACGUGUACGCGCGGCGCAACCUGCAGCGAGGCUACACCGCCAAGGAGCUCAACGUCAGCUUCAUCAAUGAGAAGAAAUAUCGCUUUCAAAACCAAGUGGACAAAAUGAAAGAAAAAGUCAAGAAUGUGGAGGAAAAGUCAAAAGAAUUCGUUUACAAGGUGGAAGAGAAGAGCCAUGACCUCAUUCAGAAAUGGGAAGAAAAGUCCAGGGAAUUUAUUGGCAACUUUUUAGAGCUGUUUGGACCUGAUGGAGCUUGGAAGCAGAUGUUCCAGGAACGAAGCGGCCGAAUGCUCCAGGCUUUUUCUCCCCGGCAGAGCCCCAACAGCAGUCCUACGCGAGGCCGCUCGCCGUCCCGCUCGCCAUCUCCACCCUGGGUCAUCAAUAAGACCUCCCCUCCCUCUUCUCCAAAAGCUGCCUCUGCCUCCCUCAGCAGCAUGAGCGAGGGAGAUGAGGAUGAAAAAUAAAAUAUAUAUUUUUUUAACCAUGAGACAGAAGAACAAGCUAUGAACUCAACCACCGGAUGGGGAGUAGCGUGAGGAACACCAGGGGUAUCUCUGGCAGCAGGGAUCGUGCUCUGGGAGAUGUCAAAAAUGAACUGGAGCACAGCAAGGGAGAUCUCAGGAAGAGCUUAUCCCAUCCCCACUCCCUCACGGUGCUGGAGGCCCAGCCAGCAGCACUUGCCAGGCACAGCCCCAGGGACUGGCAGAAAACCACACCCAUGUGCAAUUCCUGCCCCUGUCCUGCUGCUUUCCAGCUGCUGCUCCAGGCACCGAGGGGGGCUGGCAGGAGCAGCCCAGCUGGCUCCUGAUCCAGACCCAGCACACAGGGAAGUGCUGGCUGCAGCCUGCAGAGAGAGAAGAUGCAGUUGUACCCUGCUGACCUUGAGCUCUUCUGGCACAUGAAGGAAUGGCAUUGCUGCAGCAAAUACGUUGAGAAACUGGGAAUAAAGUUGGGGGUUUUUUUCUUUUGAAUAACAUCUACCCCAGAGCCCAAAUCAUGCACUGAAAUGAAGAGAUCUCCAGGCGAGUUGGUGGAAAUCCAUUUAACAUAUUCAGUGCUGCUUGUUGACCAAGCCUCUGUGUGGGGUGUAAGGAGUUGGGCUUUUUGCUUUAUCAGAUCACUCUCCAUGUUCCUAGUGCCUGAACAGCUGCCUAAUCACUUCUGGUUUGCUCCCUGGCUUUGCACUUUGAAGGAAAGAAAGUAAAUGAAAAGACAGCCAUAGCUGGAAUGUGGUGGUGUAGGAAAUAAGACAGUUUGAAGAUGCUGAUGGUUUUUACUGAUGAAUUACAAAAUAUCCCAAGGCCUUUGGACGUGGCCUCCUAGGAAAACCUGCUGCUCCCAGCUAUGUAUCAGCAAAUGACAAGCAAACAGUGCUGUUGUCACAUGGCAUUCAGCCAGUACAAACUUCUCAUCAAACUCCAAACAAGAUGUGUUCACAGACACGCUGCCCCUGCAGAGGAUCCCAAGGUUAUUCCUCUACACUAAUAUGGAGAAAAAAAAAGAAAAAAAAAGAACAAAGAAACUUUUUGAACAGGAUUAGGCACAACUGUUUUCUUUCUCUGUCCAUGACAGGUGUACAGCCUCAAGCAGAAACACAGGUGAAGCUCUCAGUGCUGAUCUUCCUAGCUGGCAAAGCCAGUCCUGCCUGACACCUGGUUCCAGGUUCAGUCCCUCAGCUGACAUCUGCUGGGGUGGCUGCAGGAGCUGGCAGGAUUCCUGAGCCCUGGGGCUGCCUCACAGCUGCAGGAAACCCCCAGCACUGUGCCACUGAUGGGGCUGUGCCACUGAGGCCACCUGGCUCCCCAGCUUGCCUGGCACAGCUGCCUCAGCGCACAGGCGCUUUGGAGGCGCCCCAGCCCAGCAGCAGCUUUGGUGCCAGGCCAGCAGGUGACAGCUGCCACUGUCCCUGUCUCACAGGCAGCCUGGGCAGGGGGCUGCAGCCACAGCAGCACUCCUGCAGGACACGCUGGCUGCUGGGGGCAGCAGCAGUCAGCAUUUGCUGGAUCCCUGCACAGGCAGCACAGGAAAUGCUGGAGGAGGGAGGGCUCCAUGUCUCUCUUGGGAAAAAGCUGAGGGACCGAGAUGCCCAAGCACGUGAGGUGGCUGUGCUUGCUGGCAGCAGCACCGCUGGCUGCUGUCCUUACCUCCCUGGGUGACCUGCUCGGUAGGUAGGCACCUUUCCAGAUACUCUCCUGGGCAGGUAAAUUACAGACCUUGGUACCAGGCACCAAAUUAGCCCCCCACUCUGCUCACUCCCUACAGCUUUCAUCCCUCCUCCACUACGAGGUGAGUGAUUUUUCUUUGGCAGCGUUUUGCCAGACACUUCUCAGACCACCACAAGACCAAGUACAACAUCUCAUGCACUUUGUCCUCUGGAGUCAAGUUAGUUCCUUCACAGCUGCAAAAACAGGUGAGCAGGAAAUAGGGUGGAAUGUGCAAAGGGACAGCCACAGAUAUUUCAGCUGCCACCAGCUGUGUGCCUGAUGGGACGAUGCAAUUAAGACCUUUCUCAGCCUUAGGCAACCUGUUACUGUAAUUUCAUACCUGGGAUGCACUUGUCAGUUUUUCUGAUCCUUUGCAAGUCUUAAGUCUUCCCAUCACAAACCACUCCUCCGCCACAGGAACUGUCUGCUCCUACUGGUGCUGUUGAUAGACGAGCCAUAUCCACAUGCAAUGGAGGUGGGCAAGGAUUUGUUGUUCUUGGCUUUUCCCAUUGUUUCUUGUUCAUUUUAAUUUCCUAGCAGUUCCUGUUCAGCAGCCCUUGCUCAGUGGGUUAAGUGGAGACAGCACCACGACUUGUACAUGGGAAGUAGAGAAAAACUCACCGGUGACCUGUUCUUAACAUAAUGUUUCUCAGGGUCACAGGUGGCUACCCAGCAACAAAGCCAUAUUCUGUACCAGGUGUCUUGUUUGCAUUUAGGAUAUCACUAAGCUGAAGCCUUUGCCCUGCUGGUACAUUCAUGUGCUGUCUCCUGCAAACCAGACCCUCAUGGUGUCUGGACACGUGGAAGACAAUUUUGCACUUCUGAGUCAUGGUUGGGUUUUCCUUUUCACAAGUAUUGCUUUCAUUUAGUCCUAUUUAUCAGGCAAGCUCCACAUGAACAAUAAAGUGUAUGACAGACACAGCUG